UAGAAAUGAAAAUUUGUUGGGCUUAGUAAACCCUCUUAGAGAGCUUGAAAACAGAACCCGACCCGUUUAAUGUUGAAUAGCAAAACCCCACACACCCACACACGUUCUUUUAGCCAUUCUUCUGCAAGUUCCAAAUUCCAAUUCAUAGUUACUUUGCAAGUUACCACGCAGUUACUCUCAUUCCACCAUGCAUUUUCCUCCAAUUUCUCAGCAACCAAACACCACCUGAUUCUGUCAUGAACUGCUUCUCGCUGAUAUCAUCAUACGCCGCCGUCGUCGGAAGCGCAGCUCGAUUAAUCGCCAACCGUUCCCCUCACGGCUGCUCGUUCCCGACGUUGUUAGAAUUUCGAGGAGUUAGGUCUUUCCGUUCAGAAUUUGUGUUCACCACUCGCUGCUUUUCAACGAAAAAAGGGCGCAAAAGUGGUUCUAGUUCUUCUCGGUUGCACAAGCCCGAACCUGAAGCACCAGUCAUGGAGAAAGAGAAGGACGCUUUCUAUGUCGUUCGGAAAGGGGACGUUGUUGGAAUCUAUAGUAGUCUAGCUGAUUCUCAGGCUCAAGUUGGACCUUCUGUUUGCAAUCCUCCUGUUAGUGUGUACAAGGGAUAUUCGUUAUCAAAGGACACUGAGGAAUAUCUUGCCUCGCAUGGACUAAAGAAUGCAUUAUAUACAAUUAGAGCUGCGGAUUUGAAAGAGGAUUUGUUGGGCAUGCUUGUUCCCUGCCCAUUCCAGGAACCUCCUACCAAAGAGGGCAAAUCAAAUAUGGACGUAUCUAAAAAGAGAUCUUUGGGAGUGCAUGGACAGGAUGAGAAAGCAAUAGUUGAAGAUCCCUUGAGAAAGCAAGUCAAGUUAGAUCAUAAUGCUGUAACCGAAGCACCUUCACAAGCAACUAGGACUUGUAUUCUUGAGUUUGAUGGUGCGUCGAAAGGAAAUCCUGGAAAAUCUGGUGCUGGGGCUGUUCUGCGAGCUAUUGAUGGAAGUUUGAUUUGUAGGUUACGUGAAGGUGUGGGUGUGGCAACUAACAAUGCUGCGGAAUAUCGUGCAAUGAUAUUGGGAAUGAAAUAUGCUCUUAAGAAGGGAUUUAAUGGUAUUCGUAUCCAAGGUGAUUCCAAACUUGUUUGCAUGCAGAUUGAUGGUUCCUGGAAGGUCAAGAAUGAGAACUUGUCUAUAUUAUAUAAGGUGGCAAAAGAACUGAAGGAUAAAUUUUCUUCAUUCCAGAUCAACCAUGUUCUAAGGAACUUCAAUUCGGACGCUGACGCUCAAGCAAAUUUGGCUAUCAACCUUGCAGAUGGCCAAGUCCAGGAAGAGUGUGUAUAAUAUUGACUGAUGGCUGCUGCUGGGUGGGAUUUGUUGCUGGAACACGUCUGCAGUUUGAAGAAGUGUCUCAGCAGUUAUACAACUUAUGGGCUCAGCGUUUUGAAUUUCCAUAAGUUUUUGGCCGCAAUGGAAGAUUCCCAUUACGACUUAUAGACACUGCAAUCAUAUCAAGUUGAGUUCUUUUUUUUUUUCAUUUUUGAGCAUACGGAAGAUCAGAAUAUCUUACAGUCUAAAGAAAACACGAUUCUUGUUCAAUUACACUAAUAUUAUUACUUAGUUGAAAAUGUUGUUUCAUUAUUAAUUUGUAUCUAUUCAGGCUCGAUUUACAUGCACGGUAGUGUUUCAAUUAUGUAAGAAUAUUCUGUAAACUAAUGCUUUCAACUCCUGCUAACCAGUGAAGUUGAUAUUCGGAGUAUAUUACGGUUAUGUAUCGAUGUGGAUCAGUUUAGAUAGACACAAAGUU